AUGUUAACAGCAACACCUUCACAACCAACGUCAGCAUCUACGAUGCUACAUCGAACGUCAAGUAAACCGGAUUUUAUUUUGAAAAGUAGUUGCGGUGAUUUACAAAGUCGUCUUAAAGUUCGAAAAGUAUUAGGUGUAGGUGACACAACUGGCUUAACAUGUAGUUCAAAAAUAAGUCAAAUACUUGGACAAUCGGAUAAUGUAAUUUUUCAAUUGCCACCAAAACUUGCUGCAUGGUUACUUUUAGUCACAACAUUGUUUAGUUGUUUCACUGUGAUGGGUCUUCUAUGGCCAUCUUAUUUGCGUUUUAUAUUACCUGGUGAUCUGGAAUCAACUGCUCAUCUCGCUACAUCAUAUGCUUUUUUAGCAACAAUGUUGGGCUUAACACUUCGGUCGGGUGACAAGACAUCUUUACAGCUUGUUCUUUUUUCGCUUGCUUUAUUUCAUGCUUUAUCAUUUUUAAUUGCUUUGUGGCUUCUUAAAACAAGUGAUGCAAAACUAAAAUCAAUAAUAUCAGUUAUUCUUCAUUUAUUUUGUUUAUUAAUAAAUAUACAUUUUUAUCGAUCUAUUAAUCGAGCAAUCGCACCAUCAUUACGUCAUAAUAAAUUAAAAACAUAUUUUAAUUCAAUGGUGUCAUUUCCAACGCAAUCAACUACUGAUUAUCAUACUGGACAUGAAUCUUCGUAA